GGAAUCACCGUGCGUUUUGGUCGAUGGGUGUGAUCAUCUGACGACGAAGCCUUGUAAAACACCCGCCGGCUAAGGGGAGAAAUUCCAGGAGAAAAAUUUACCUCUCGGCCGGGGGAGGGUAAAAUUAACCAGCCACAUCCCUGGACAUCGCUCUCUCCAGACAUUGAGCGCUGGGAGCGGGAAACGACGAAUAGGAGCGGAGUCGUCAACCACAGCGAUGGCGCGAGACUACGAUUACCUGUUUAAGCUGCUCAUUAUCGGGGACAGUGGUGUGGGGAAAAGCAGUCUGUUACUGCGGUUUGCUGACAACACAUUCUCAGGCAGCUACAUCACCACCAUCGGGGUGGACUUUAAAAUCCGAACAGUGGAGAUCAACGGGGAGAAAGUGAAGCUACAGAUUUGGGACACAGCAGGACAGGAGCGAUUCCGUACCAUCACCUCCACGUACUACAGGGGCACCCAUGGGGUCAUCGUGGUCUAUGACGUCACCAGCGCUGAAUCGUUCGUCAACGUUAAACGGUGGCUUCACGAAAUCAAUCAGAACUGUGAUGACGUUUGUCGAAUAUUAGUGGGCAAUAAGAACGACGACCCGAAUUCUAAAGUGGUGGAGACCAGCGACGCACAGAAGUUUGCGGAACAGAUGGGUAUCAGCCUCUUCGAGACCAGCGCCAAGGAGAACAUCAACGUGGAAGAUAUGUUUAACUGUAUCACAGAGCUGGUCCUGAAGGCGCGGAAAGAGUCAAUGGCCAAGCAGCAGCAACAGCAACAGAGUGAGGUGGUUAAACUCAGCAAAAACAGCAAACGCAAGAAAAAAUGCUGCUAACAGACCGGACUGGAUAUCAUACACA